AACUGAAGUUAUUGGUGUUGCUGAAAAUUGACACUUUUAAUGGCACAUUUACAAAAACGGGGCGGUCAGUACUGGAUAACAUCGGCUAGCUGGCUGUCAGUUUAUAUUUCUGCAACAUAUUAUUGACAGUUACAUUACGGGGUCGUUGGAUAUCUGCAUUGCGUCUGGUGGCAGCUUCUGUCCGAGAGUCGUGACAACAUGGAGACAGCUGCAGCGCAGUGGGACGAGCACCAGGCGUACGAGGAGCUGCUGUACUGGGACAGUCUGAUCCAGCAGGGCCACCGCCUCCUGCCGCACGACUUCGAUAGAUAUGAGGACCUGCGUUACUGGUAUGACUGCCUGUGCUACGAGGAGGAGCUGAGACAAUACCAUGAUUACAUAGCUUCUAUCGAGGAGAUUGAGGACCCACAUCAUCAUCAGGAAGCUACAGCAGCCCCAAAGGUGCGCACAGCCCCGGGGCCAUAUGACCGCCAUGUGAUGGCCAAACACUCAGAAGUGUAUCCUUCGCCAGAGGAACUGGAUGCGGUGCAGACAAUCGUCUCCCAUGUUGAAUGUGCCCUUAAAGCUGUGUCUGACCAGAUGGAUAUUCCGAAAGAUGGAAAAAAAGAUACAGAGGCAGGGAGUGAAAGUGGUGAUUCACCAGAGCGUGUCCUGCGUGGGGUUAUGAGGGUCGGCCUGGUGGCCAAAGGACUCCUGCUGACGGGAGACAAGAACCUGGAGCUGGUGCUGCUUUGCUCUAACAAGCCAACCAUCACGCUGCUUAGUCAAGUGGCUGAGAAGUUAACUGCACAGUUGGAGGAAAGAUCAGCGGGGACAUACACAGUGAGCCAGUGUCCAGGUGAUGCAGCCCUCGUCGUGACAAGCAUCAAGGAGUCGGUCCUGAGUCUCACUAUCCACCUGACAUCACCUCUUGUCAGGACGGAGCUAGAGAGUAAAUCUGUGGAAGAAGUAGAAACGCAAACAGUCAACGAUCCGCCGGACGUUCUGGACAGGCAGAAAUGCCUAACUGCCUUGGCGUCUCUCCGCCACGCCAAGUGGUUCCAGGCCAAAGUUAACGACCUGAGUUCUGGUGUCGUCGUGAUCCGGAUCAUGAGAGACUUGUGUAACCGCGUUCCUACCUGGACGCCACUCUCUGGAUGGCCUCUUGAGCUGCUGGUAGAAAAGGCUGUUGGAACAUCUGAGAGGCCGAUGGGAGCAGGCGAGUCAUUGCGAAGGGUUUUGGAGAGCAUUGCAUCUGGAAUCCUCUUGGAAGAUGGCCCUGGAAUCAAAGAUCCAUGUGAGAAGGACCCUGUCGACGCCACUGCAUAUUUGACUCUGCAGCAGCGUGAAGACAUCACACAGAGUGCCCAGUUUGCCUUGAGGCUGUGUGCAUUCGGACAGAUGCACAAGGUGUUGGGGAUGGACUUCAAACCUAUAAAGCCACGGAAACCAGGAGGCCCCAGCAGCAAAGAUGGCAAAGCCCAGAUACCACCUGCUGGACACUUCAGCCUACCGGCCAAACGACCUUACACAGAGGUGGAGAGCGAAGAGGGGAGCCCGCAGCUCAACAGCAAACAGAGGAAGUUUCUCAAGUUCCAGAAGCGCUUUCAGAGGAAAUCAUUCCCGGAUGAUUUUAGCAUGAAUGCAGUGAUGCGUCUAAACCAGUACAGACCGGGCCUAGAGUACCGACUGACCUCUCAGACUGGUCCAGUCCAUGAGCCGGUCUUCACAAUGGCUGUGGAAGUAAACGGGAAGACCUACGAGGCAACGGGGCCCUCCAAACGAGCUGCCAAGCUUAAUGUAGCCACCAAGGUCUUGCAGGAUCUCGGUCUUCCAACAGGAACAGAAUCAAAAUCAGAACCCACAGUUGAUGCUGAAAGCCAGGAAUCAGUAAAAGCUGCUGGCAGCGCCUCGACCACGUCAGAAGACAGUGGUCAGGGUCCGAUCUUGACCAAACAUGGCAAAAACCCUGUGAUGGAGCUAAACGAGAAGCGCCGCAGCCUGAAGUACGAGCUUUCUGCUGAGACGGGGGGCUCCCAUGAAAAGUGCUUUGUCAUGGAGGUGGAGGUUGAUGGGCAGAAGUUCAAAGGGAGAGGCUCUAAUAAGAAGGAGGCGAAGGCGUUUGCUGCCCUCGCUGCUCUGGAGAAGCUGUUCCCAGAUGACAACGGAGAGUCAAACCCCAACAGAACCUUUGCAAAGAAGAAGGUCACCUACACUGACAUGCACAUCCCAGGGUUCGGCACAAUCCGUGGCAUCCCUUCAGACUCCGGGACCCGAGGCUGGGGUCCCAACAGAGGUCGAGGCAGGGGCCGGGGAAAACCCUUUCCUUCAGGACCCAGUUAUAACAAAACUAACUACAGUUAUGACGGCAACAGUGGCUCAGGCUAUCAUAAACUUUAUGGUAACAAUGCAGCCAGCACCAAAGGCUCCGUCUCCACUGAAUCAGGCAGCAACGCUGGCUACGGCACCUUUUAUCCAGAGGCCAGCACCACCUACACCUCCCCACCCAUCUCCAGCUCCACAAAGGUAGAGAGCUACCAGUCGAUGCCUCCUCCCGCCGACCAGGAGAGCCCCUACAGCUACGGCUAUGGAGACGAGAAGAAGAAGAUGCUGACUCAAGGUCAGACUGAGGCCCAGGGAGGAGACUACUCCAUGUACAGCACGGCGUACCCGAGCUCCGUGACGGGCGGCCAAGUCUAUAAUAAUUAUGGCUGGGGGAACCAGUCGUCCUGGGGGGACCAGCAGGGCUACACCUCGUACCAGGGCUUCGGGGGUCAAAACCAGAGCUCGUACGACAUGAAUUACUAACCAUCACAUCUCUGAAAGUGGAAUUUUUGUUUUUUUUAUUGUGUUUUCACUGAACUCGCUUGUUAGUUCUUGGACAUCUGGUAAAACAAUGUUAGGUGACGGAUGCAGGCUUAUCUUUUGAUUAAACCUGUUUUCUCUUAACUGCAGCAUCAUGUCUAUGGUGACAUAAGUGUAAAAAAACAUAUCUGGUUCAUCAUUAUGUUUUGUUUCUAGGGUUGUUGUGUUUUUUUAAUCGUGUGCUGCUUCUGUAUCAGUACGUAGUGGUUUUUAUUUAAAGCUGCUUGUAGCUUUGAACUGAUGGGUUUUAUUCUGUUUCGUUCAAUGCUCUGAUCUUUCUUGCAAAAUAAAUGACUCUUAUUUUGAAGCAAA